GCGGUUGUAGCUUAACCAUAGACUGUACAUACGAGCUUAACUUGUAAUCAGGAACACUUUGACAUGUUUUAUAUCAUACAUGCACCACGGUCUGUUUGUUCGGGAAAAAAACGACUUAAGCUCCCUAGUAGGAGAUUGGCCGUUGGUGUUAUUGUUGCUGCUUUUUUUUAACGGUGCUUUUGAAUGCAGCCCAACUUCGUAUGCGGAAGAACUACCAUAGUGGUAACGGCGAGAACGGCAGGCGAUCAACAACUUCCUAGAAAUGCCCUUUCACCAAUAGUAAACAUGGAAAACGAUCAAGCAGAACAUCAUUCACCAGAAACCUCGACUGAAUUCCCUGAAAACAAGAGAAAUGGCAGCAGAGGUGGAAGUGUCUUUACUGAUGGAUGUUCAGAUGGACCGAGUCCCUCACGAUCUGCAAAGGAGGAAUUUUUGAUGAUGUCUCCUGAACAAAAGCUGCAGCACUUUACCUGUCGGGCUCAAGCCAGUGAAGACAGCCAACAGUUUGACGCUUGCAUUCAGGACCUGGUGCGGUGCGUGGCUCUGACGAGGCUUGUAUACGGAGACAGACACCUAAAACUUGCCCAGGCCCACACCAGACUGGCUAAAGCCUAUUUACAGUUCAAAGGUUGGGGACAGCAGGCCCUGGAUCACUUGGCUUUUCCCAAAGACUUCCUACCUUUCUGCUCCUCUAUGUCCUCCUGUGGAGAUGAAAGGCUGGAAGUUCUCACAUGUCUUCUGAGUGUACACCUUACACAGGGAGGUGCUUCACUUCUAACAGAUGAUUUAGAGGAGGCAGGCCAAGGCUUACUGAAGGCAGAGCAAGUCCUGGAGCAACUUCAUCAGCAUGAUGUUGUCAAUCAACAAGAGAAGAUAAAAACCCAGCUGGAAAUCGCCGGUGGUUUGUACAGUGUCUAUAAGAGACAGGGCCGACCAGAGGAGGCAUUGAAUCAGUGUGAAAAGUCUCUGCGGCUGCUGAAGGAGUGCAAUAAGCCAGAAAAGACUUCUGCUGUUUAUAAGGACAUGGCCGCCAUUGAACAGGACAGAGGUCAGGUGGAUCAAACCAUAGAGCAUCUCUCCAAGGCUCAUGCCAUUGCUGUGAGUCAUAGUCCAGAGGGUCUAGAGGGGGCUCAGAUCUCCCACUGCCUGGCCAUGAUCCUUUCUUCUGCAGCAGAGCCUCAUCACAAUGAGGCUGCAGGUCACUACUUUGAGCAGAGUCUAGGUGCAUACAAGAAGUCUGUAGGCCUACAGGAUCCAGCCUUCCUUAACGCCCAGGAUGACUUCUGUCGCUUUCUUCUUGCAAACGGACGACAGGAGAAAUGUGUGGAGAUCCAGAGAUCCUCUCUUGACUCUAAAAGAUCUGCUUUUGGUGAUCGGAGCUCAGAGGUUGCAGAAACGCUCCAGCUGAUUGGAAGUGCAGAGAUGACUGAAGGCAAGAUGAGCCAGGCCCACCGGACCAUGUCUCAGUGCCUGGAGAUUCAGAGUUGGUUGUACGGGCCUCAGCACAAGAAAACAAAAGCUGUACAGAAAGCUGUUGACAUGCUCGCGAGCAUGCCAGAGGUGACUGAGGCGCAACAGAGGAAACACCGAAGAAAAAAGAAAUCUGACACAUUUUAUGUUGUACCGUCCAGUGGUAACCAGAAAAACUCCUAGUCUCACUCUUAAAAUUCCUUUUAUUUCAUCUCUUCUAUUUUGUUUCAUUUCAAAAUCAAAUACCGCUGUUUAUGUAAGUAUGUGUACAGAAUGUUUAAAGACAUUUUUGAUCCUUCUGUGUGACCAGCACCAGUCCCUGCUGUAAAGGUAAAUGUUUCAAACAUUCUACUAUUUAAGAUUUUGUGAAGGAUUGCACAAAAAACCUGUUUCAAAAAGAAUGUAUUUCUCUGCACGUCAGAUAAAAUAAAAUAAAAUCUCCAACAAGAA